GGGCGAGCGGCGGAGCGGCAGACGCGAGCUGACUCAACAGGGUGAACGAUCUUGACACUGCGCGCUUUACCCCCGCUGCUAAUUCCCUAACUCGGAAGCAGAGCGAGCAAGCAGCUAGCUGCCUGGAAGGGCGCUCGCGCAUCCACUCUUACCCCUCGCACAUCUGCUUGGAUUAUUAUUCCUCCUAACACUGAGAAACCUAGAAAGUACGCGAUGACGGUCAAAGCCGAAGCUUCGGGAUCCACGCUAACUUAUUCCAAGAUGAGAGGGAUGGUGGCAAUACUGAUCGGUGAGUGGGAACGACGAGGAGGAGAUAGCAAUAGAGAAAAAGAGCAUAAAACAGCGUGCGCCCUCCUGAUUGUAACCGGGUUGUAGAAAUGAGGCUCUCUUGUUGCAUUCAAGGGAUGGAGAGGGCUUGUGUGUGUGCGCGCAUUAAUUAAAUAAAGGAAAGGAAAGAAGAUGGGGAAUUAAUCUGUAACAACCCCCUUCUCUCUUGUGAUUGUUUGCAGCUUUCAUGAAACAGAGACGAAUGGGGCUGAAUGACUUCAUUCAGAAGAUAGCCACCAACUCCUACGCAUGCAAACAGUAAGUAUUUUUUGUGGGUUGUGUUUUUUUCUUACUCCCUUCUGCAGAAAUUGCCUGGGAAAUGCAUGGAACUUCGUUCUAAAAUUUAACAGAGAAUGAGAAAUUAUAUAACUCCUUUCAGCGAGAGAUAGUUGAAAUAAUUUUUUUUGUUAAAUUAAAAAAUGUUUACAGUAUCAUGCAUGCCUACUCAGAUGUAAAUUUCAGAAAUUUCAGUGGGACUUACACUCCUAAGUAUACUUACUAGAAAGUAACUUUAGUGACACCUGUGUGGUAGAAGCGGGUGUCAUUAAAGCUGCAACCCUAUAUGCACUUGGGAAUAAAUCUUAUUGGACUCACUUUUGAGUAGAUACACCUUAUGCCAAAAAAAGAAAAAAAGACCAGCAGUAGAGUAGAUGCUGUAAAAAAAUAGUAGGAAACAGAAUAUAAUUUUCUAGAUUUAAAAAUAUCACAAGUUCUGAAUUAAUUGCAUUCAGCUAAGUUUUACUGUUUGGCUGAAGAAUAGAAAACUGGAGAAAGGCACCUAGUUUAGAUUUCCUGAUCCCUCAUUCCCUCCUCUGACCUUUAAUUACAGAGGAAACUUAAGUCUCUUUGCUCAGAAUGGUUUGUUCCUGUCUCCGGUUUCAUCUUAGCCCUGAAACCUAGUAAGCCAGUUGUUUUUAGCAGCCUGCCAACCUGAAACUUUCCAGCUAGAAUGUUACCAUGCCCCCUGGUGGUGAAAUGUUUUUAAUGUUCUGUACCUUGUUCAGCUGUACUAAUUAUCCUGGCUUUUAAUCUCUUGCAGCCCUGAAGUUCAAUCUAUUUUGAAGAUCUCCCAGCCUCAAGAGCCUGAACUUAUGAAUGCCAAUCCUUCUCCUCCAGUAAGUAGCUUCUAUAAUGCACAGCCUAUCUUGAGAAGACUUUAAUGUGACAAUAAUAGCAACAGGUUUUAAAGAUAGAUGUUCUGUCCGUUGGUAAUCUGGCAUGGGUUUUUCCAUUCAGGACACAUUGUAGUGAUGCAACUUGGAAAGAAGUGUUUUGCAAUAAAGAUUUAGCAUUUCCCUCUAGAGCAGAUAAAACUUAUUUUUAAAUUGACAUAACCUUUCAAGCAUAUUAUUUCCCCCAUAGAAGAAUGCAAUGCAAUUUACUGUGUUUUUAAAAAAGUAAUAAUCUGCACCCAAGUAUUUCAGUACAAAUGUUUGAUUAUUAUUAUUUUUGUUCACUGCAGCCCAGUCCAUCCCAGCAGAUCAACCUUGGCCCUUCUUCUAACCCACAUGCUAAACCAUCAGAUUUCCAUUUCCUGAAGGUCAUUGGAAAAGGCAGCUUUGGGAAGGUAAGCAUACAUAUUCAUUUGGUCAAUGGGCCUGUAAUAUUAAGGGUAUCAAAAUACUUGGGAGUGCCAGGGGGAUUUAAUAAGAAGCGAACUGGUGACUAUGAAGGGGUGUGAGGUGGAGUAUUCUUGAAAAGCAAGGUUCCAUUAAAAUUUAUGUAAGAAAAUUUGCUAUAGGGAUCAUACGGCACAAAGGGGAAAUGAAGGCUAUAUUGUCCCAUUCCCUGCCUUAAGGUAGUGGCACCCACCCAUUAUGUGGCAUUUUACUGCCAGUCCAUUGAGUUGUGCAGGGUUGCUCUAUAGCUGUGCCUCAUGAUAGCAGAAAGGACAUAGCUGAGUUGUGACUUGAUCGUUCCCUUGCAUCAUGAUCACACCUAAACAAAGGGGGUGUCUUGCUUUGUUUCAGGUUCUUCUUGCAAGGCACAAGGCAGAAGAGCACUUCUAUGCAGUAAAAGUCCUCCAGAAGAAAGCUAUCCUGAAAAAGAAAGAGGUACGUAACUGAAUUAUACCCAUUUCACGAGAAAUGCCAAUCGGCAAACUAAUUAUAAUAGUCCUACUGUGCUGCUGCUCAGUCAAUGAAUGAUUUCCUACUUCCCUUCCUCUUAGGAGAAACACAUAAUGUCAGAACGCAACGUCCUACUGAAGAACGUGAAGCACCCUUUCCUGGUGGGACUCCACUUCUCCUUCCAGACUGCAGACAAGCUGUAUUUUGUCCUAGACUACAUCAAUGGUGGAGAGGUAAGCAAAGAGAGAGCACAGAACCAUAAGGGGUGUGUGUCCAAAGAUACACAGGGCUUGAUCCAAAGAUCAUUGAAACUCCUUGCUGAAAACAAAGCCAGCCCUGCCAUGUGUACAAAUAAGGCAGUGCUUUCUUCCUAUUAAGUAUGAAGAGGAGUCUUGGGGAGGAGUUACUAGAUUCAGGGUCUCCUGCUUACCAGCCUCUCACAGCAGGAAGCAGCCAGCGGAUUACUAGGCCAUUUCCUACCAUUGUUCUCUCUAGCUAUAUAUAUAUAGAGAGAGAGAGAGAGAGAGCUUAAUUAAAUGCAUUGUUUUUAAUGGUUUUGGGAUCGCUAACAGAUUUCUCCCCCGCCUUCCUUGUCUCCUGCAGUUGUUCUACCAUCUCCAGAGGGAACGUUGCUUCCUGGAGCCAAGAGCUCGUUUUUAUGCUGCUGAAAUCGCCAGUGCACUGGGUUACCUGCAUUCACUGAAUAUUGUUUACCGGUAAGCAGGGCAGAUGGUUUGCACACGUGCAUGGUUUAUGUGAAAACUGUGGGAAGUAGGCUGUAAUAUGUAAUAAGGGAAGGUCAGGAACCUUGUGGAACCAAGACACUGACCUGGGAUACUGGGAUCAGUGCAUCGCAAAUUUUUUAGAUUCGCUUCCAGGUUAUGGGUUAGAACCAGUAAAUAGAUGCUGCGCAUGCACACAGACUAAAUCCUGUUGGUAAAUGACCUUUAGAAAGUGCUUGGGGGCUACCCAACAAACCCAUUUGUUUUCAAAGGGACAACCCCCCACCUUAAAAAAAAAUAAACCUGAUAAAAUCCCAUCGCUUAUAAGAAACAUAAGAGUUGAGAGCCAUUGGCUCACCUGUGUAUUUUCCUUCCUUUGCCCUAGGGACUUGAAGCCAGAGAACAUUUUGCUGGAUUCUCAAGGCCACAUUGUCUUGACUGACUUUGGACUCUGCAAAGAGAACAUAGAACACAAUGGCACAACUUCCACAUUUUGUGGCACUCCUGAGGUAGGUCUGGGUUCUGCUUUCUUUAUCCACAUGGCAGUGAUGCAUGUGCCCAAAGUGUGCAGAGGAAAGAGGAAUUUCCCAGAUGGGGCAAAAGGACAUGUUGUGUUGUUUAGGUGAAGCAGUCAGACAGGCUUUGAUUGAUGAACCCUGCUGACAAAGCUGCAGCGGGUGGGGGAGGGAGAGAAAGGUCAGAGGUUACAAAUGCAAGGCUUUAAGGGCAAAAAUAAAGUUACCUAGGGACUCCUGCAGAACAAAGUUCUACAGAUGCAAAGAUUGGUGUGGUCAUCUAUCCACAAGUGCAGCCCCCACUCAAUCAGGUCACUAAGGUUAUUUUUAAGUGGAGCAUUUAAAAGAAUGCAGGCUGGCUACUUUAUUCUAAUGUUUCCUAUCUUUUUCUUUUCAAUAGUACCUUGCCCCCGAAGUCCUUCACAAGCAACCCUAUGACCGGACUGUUGACUGGUGGUGCCUUGGGGCUGUUUUGUACGAGAUGCUUUAUGGACUGGUAAGCAAAAAUAGUGAGCAACUGGCUAAUUGCAAACACAUACCAGUCAUGUUUCCAUCUGUAGUAGUUACCAGCAUAAGAAAGAGCUGAAUCUUGGUCCCACUGAAUUUAUAAAUGCUGCGAACUUCAGUUGGAGCCAAUAUUUUGCAUGUGGAUCUCUUACAUGAUGCACAUAUAUGUGGCCAUAGCUCAGUGAUGGAUCAUCUGCUUUGCAUGCCGAAGGUCUUGGGGUCAGUCCCUGGCUGGGAAUUAUUCCCUACUUGAGAAACCCCAGAGAGCCAUGUAGCCAAUACUGACUUAGAUGGACCAUUGGUCUGACCCGAUAUAAGCAGUUGCCUUAUGCUCCUUGGGUGGGUGGGACAUGAGAAGGGGAAAGAUGUAGUUACAGGUGUCAUAGCCAUUCCAGUGCCUCAAAAUGGGUAUCAAAGUAAGUGUAUUGUGAUACAGGUAGUACAAUAAGUUAGACUCUUGGGACUAAAAAUCUGUUUCCCCUUCUCUCUCUCCAGCCCCCUUUCUAUAGCAGAAACACAGCAGAAAUGUAUGACAACAUCUUGAACAAACCUCUGCAGCUGAAGCCAAAUAUUACCAACUCUGCAAGACACCUUUUGGAAGGUCUUCUGCAAAAGGACAGGACCAAGAGGCUGGGUGCAAAGGAGGACUUUGUAAGUAUAAUCCUGCGAGUUGUGAGGGGUGGGUGGGUGAGUUUCGGAAGUUGGCUAGACGAUAACAGUCUUUUCCAAUUACUCUUGCCUGAACUGAUUUGAUUUCCAUUUCCUCAACAGAUGGAGAUUAAGAACCACAUCUUCUUCUCCCUAAUUAACUGGGAUGAUCUCAUUAAUAAGAAGAUUACACCCCCUUUCAACCCAAAUGUGGUAAGUGUUGUCUUCUAAUUAUGGGAGAGACUUUUCUAUUUAUACUGGGGUACCCAGGGGUUGAAGAUAAAAAUAAUGACAGGCUAGGUUUUAGCAGGUUCUAGUGUGUUCUCAAUGUGAAGCAAUCGGGCAGGUGUCUUAAUUUUUAAAUGCCGCCUUGAGUUUAUACAUAAGUGGACGGAAUUGCCUCAUGCAGUUUAGGUAUGAGGUGAGGCAAUCAGGUCAGGUGAACUCUAUGAGCUUGGAGGUGCAUGUUGACCUGUGAGACUGCUGCAGCCAAUCCAGAUCAGUCUCCAGUCCAACACACACACACACCAUUAGAAUUCUAGUUUUUGUUUGAAACGAGUUCAGGGGGUUGAUUCAGUUUUGUUUUUUGUAAUUGCCUUCCCAUGAAGUGCCUAGAUUGGUUUUACUUAAAAAAAAAACACAAGAAAAAAACACAAGAAAACACGUAGUCCCCACUCCCAGUUAAGGAAAGAUUUGAACAUUUCUUCCCAGUCCAACAUUAACAACAGAACCUUCUUUGUUUUCUCAGAGUGGCCCCAAUGACCUGCGGCACUUUGACCCUGAGUUUACAGAUGAGCCUGUCCCGAACUCCAUUGGCCAGUCUUCAGACAGCAUCCUCAUCACUGCCAGCGUCAAGGAAGCUGCUGAAGCAUUUCUGGGCUUCUCCUAUGCCCCUCCCAUGGAUUCUUUCUUGUGAAUUUCUAUUAUAGUGAUCUGUUUGUACUUUUUCUUUUUUUUUCUCCAUUUAAUAAUGACCCUUCUGUUGGCCUUCUGUGUGAGCUGCCAGUUUGUCCGGUCACCUUCAAAAAGGAGAGGGAAUUUUUUUUUGCACAUCUUCUCACUGUGUGGCAGCUUUGCAGCCUUAAUUUCAACUGCAUUUUUAUUUUAUUUUUCUGGAAGCUUUUGUUGUCGUCGUUCCUGCCGCUCAUUUGGAAGAGCACAUUCUAACUACUUUUAAAUGAACUUACAAAACAUUUCAACUUCCAGUUCUUCCCACCCACCAAAGUGGUGCUAUCGCCUUUAGAAGGAAAGAAGGAAGAAGCUACUGCUGCCAUAGACUGCCAUAGAUUGUAAGCUUAAGAACAACAUCCUGCGUGCAUCCCCCCCUUUCCCCACCUUUUUUGAGAGAGAGUUUGUUCUGAAAAGCCUAGCUUGAAGAUCUUUCUGGAUACGAUGGGGAUGAUUUUACGAAAACGUGCCUUUUUUCCCCUGAGAUCUUGUGAGCUCCAAAGCUUUUCCUGUCACAAGAAUGUUUCCUGAUUCACACGUGUGUUUCUUUUGUGUGUAUGUGUGAGUUUGCUAUGAGGACAAUGGUGUCAGUGUGGUAUGCACAUUUUUCAGAUGGACUUUGUUCAGAAGCAUCAGUGCGACACUUGCAGGACUCUACAAUGGGGGGCAUUGCUUGUUCCUUCCAUAUUUGGAAGACAAUAAAUUAAUAUGUGUAGAUAGAUGAUUUUUUUAAAGAAAAAAAAUGUAAAAAUUAAUGAUGAUGGGCUUCAAUGACUUAGUACCCAUAAUGCUUGAAGAAAGCAUUGCUGCUAUGGAAAAAUAUAUAUAAAUAUAAAUAUAUAUAUAUAUAAAUAUUUCUAUUUUUAGAAUGGGUUUCUAGGGACCAAAAUGCCCCAGCUGCAGUCUAUCAAAGCUGUUGGUUUAUUUCAUUAUCUUUUUUUUGUUCAUCUGUAAAACUGGGCAUUAUUUAUGGUUUGUAUUUUUUUUCAUUCCUGGUUGUAUGUAUUUGUAAAAAGACUUGUACAGUUGGUUGCAAUAGUAGAUGUAUAUUUAAAAAGGAAAAAAAACCUUUAAAGGCUUAUAAUGUUAUACCACUAUUAUAAUGUACUUUACAUGGUUAUUAUACAAUAUGUAUAAUUUUUGUGACCAAACCCAUUGGUUUGCAGUAAAAUCUUGGACAAUAUUUCUAUAAA